GCAUAUUGAUAAUAUAAAGCAUGUUUCCAUGUCCGGUUACUAUGGGAGACGAUGCACCAAUCGUUUAUUGAACAAAUAAAAGCCAAAUAUAACGCAGAUUUUAAGGUGUUACAAUGGAUCCUGGGAAAGUAAUUGGAAAAGUGAAGGAGCAGGUGCGCAUGGAGCACAAGUCCCGGCGAAACUACCCAAAGGUCUGGACUCAGGUUGCCGACAAGGAUACCAACAAGUUCUACCACCAAAACGAGAUAGAUACCCAGCUAAAACCCCAACUAAAACUGAAAGAUCUUUGUCCGAUUACUCACACUAACCAGGGCGAAUCCCGCUUUGUUUCCCCGGAAAUGUACAAAAAUCUACUGGCUAUAUGCCGGUGUGGUCGAUCUCGGGAGGGUCUGCACAUGGGGAAGUGUCUACAAAGAACAGUGAGCCCUAACUACGAGCGAGCCAGGACACAGGAGGACCCAAAGCCCGAGGACAAAGGUGGGGAAGCGCCUCCCGAACCAAGGAUUGUGCCCUGUACUUCCAACUCAAACAUUGGAUUCCUGGGAACAGCAACUGACUAUCGAAAGCUGGAGAGGUCCAUGCAGUAUGUCUCACCGUCAUAUUCGAUGUCCGGUCCUCGGAUCACAGCUGUUCCAUACCACACCAUUAUUAUCGGCUGAAAU